CUUCGUCAACCCUUCCAACACCCCUAGCAUUCCAACCUACCGAGUAAUGGAUUCCGAUGGUGUGCUUGUCGAUAAGAGCAGGAAACCGCCCAAUGUCUCCAACGAGCAGGUCCUGACGUGGUACAAGAAUAUGUUGACCGGUAGGUGGGGGAAAGAGCAAAUAAGCAAAUAAAAGCCCUGGUUUUAGGUGCUGUUGUUCUGACUGGAGCAAUACAGUGAGCAUCAUGGAUGUCAUCAUGUUCGAGGCACAGAGACAGGGUCGACUAAGUUUCUACAUGGUAUCGGCUGGAGAAGAAGGAAUUAGUGUUGGCUCAGCGGCCGCACUGACACCUGACGACGUUGUAUUCGCACAGUAUCGCGAAACCGGUGUCUUCCAGCAACGGGGAUUCACUCUCAAAAACUUCAUGAACCAACUCUUUUCUAACCGACACGACAGCGGCCGUGGACGCAAUAUGCCUGUUCACUACGGAUGCAACUACCCUCGUACCCAUACCAUCUCUUCCCCCCUGGCAACUCAAAUCCCACAGGCAUCCGGAGCAGCUUACGCCCUCAAACUCCAAGCGCUCCAAAACCCAGACACGCCGCCACGCAUCGUAGCCUGCUACUUCGGCGAAGGAGCCGCAAGCGAAGGCGACUUCCACGCCGGGCUCAACAUCGCCGCAACCAGAUCUGCGCCUGUAGUCUUCAUCUGCCGGAACAACGGCUUCGCAAUCUCCACCCCGACACUCGAGCAAUACCGCGGCGAUGGAAUUGCCAGCCGCGGGGUCGGAUACGGCAUCGACACCAUCCGCGUUGACGGGAACGACAUCUUCGCAGUCUACGAAGCCAUGCAAGAAGCACGAGAAAUCGCCCUCUCCGAUGGCGGCCGGCCCGUCCUCAUCGAGGCAAUGAGCUACCGUGUUUCGCACCACAGCACCAGCGACGACAGCUUCGCGUACCGUGCGCGAGUCGAAGUCGAAGACUGGAAACGCCGAGACAACCCUAUUAUCCGACUUCGAAAGUGGCUGGAGAACGAGGGGCUGUGGAACGAAGACAUGGAGCGCGAGACACGCGAGCAGCUACGAAAAGAGGUCCUGAAGGAGUUUGGCGAUGCCGAACGGGAGAAGAAGCCCCGUAUCCGUAGUGCGUUCGAGGAUGUUUACGAGGAGCUGACCGAGGAGACGCAGGCGCAGAUGAAGGAGCUGAAACGGAUGCUGCAGACUUAUCCGGAUGAAUACGACCUGCGAGAAUACCAAGAUGGGAUAAAUGGGCUGUAGAAGAACCGCGAGGUUGGGUUGCAAUAAGCUUCAAGAUAUAUAUAUAUAUAUAUAGUUAUUAUUAUAACACAUUAUGUAUUUUUUUUAA